AUGAACUGUCGCUGGUCGCGCUGCGUCCUGAUUGGUUGCCUGUGUCGCCAGCUGAUCCACCUGGAGGUGAAGCCAGCCAUCAAGAACCAGAUCAUGCGGGAGUUGGAGGUGCUGAACCAGUGCUUCUCUCCACAGAUUGUCGGCUUCUUCGGGUCGUUUUACAGUGACGGGGAGCUGAGUAUAGGGAUGGAGUACAUGGACGGCGGCUCGCUGGACCUAGUGCUGAAGCAGAUAGAUCGGAUACCGGAGAAGAUCCUGGCCAAGAUCACCUCCGAGGUGCUGAAGGGCCUGUCGUACCUGCGGAGUACACAGAUCAUCCACCGGGACGUCAAGCCCUCCAACAUCCUCAUCAACAGCCACGGCGAGAUCAAACUCUGCGACUUCGGCGUGUCCGGCCAGCUGAUCGACUCCAUGGCUAACUCUUUUGUCGGCACGCGCAGCUACAUGUCGCCGGAGCGACUUCAGGUCCACUACUCGGUACAGAGCGACAUCUGGUCGCUGGGGCUGUCGCUGGUGGAGAUGGCGCUGGGGCUGUACCCGAUCCCGCCGCCCGACUACGCCACCCUGGCGCACAAGUUCGGCACGCAGUUCACAGAACGCGCGCCCAACCGGGUGGCCUCCCCGCUCGCCAAGUCGCCCAAGUCCGCGCCCAGUUCGGCCGGCGUGGGAAACGGCCGUCAGUUGGCGAUAUUCGACCUUCUGGAGCACAUCGUCAACGAGCCGCCGCCCAAGCUGCCGCAGGGCCUCUUCAGCGACGACUUCGUCAACUUCGUCGACAGCUGCCUGAAGAAGAACCCUGAGGAGCGGGCUGACCUCAAGUCUCUUAUAGUACACCCCUGGAUCCUGCGCGCGGAGCAGGAGAACGUGGAUAUCGCCGGCUGGAUCUGCAAGACCAUGAACCUCACGCCCACUUCCGCCACGCUGAAGCCGAAAUAGCGACGCGGGCACACUAGCGCCGCCUGCCGGCGGAAAGUUGGCGUACCUCGCCACCUGGGCGGCCGCCGCCGUCGCCGUGGCGCGUGUCGCCAGCGGAUCGGCAUUUUGGCGCGGUCCCGGCCGGUGUUUUGGCGCGCUCUGUCAGCGCCUGGUGGCGGGACUGGUCCGGGACGCGCGCCGUCGGGGCGGGGCCUCCCGGACGGACGGCUCCCGUGGGGACGCCACCGUCGCGUCGGCCGCGCCGCAAUAGCCGCAGAUGGAGUCUGAUGACGUUCCCGGGUGGUGGAGGCGGCACCCCACGGGCCGAGCCGGCCGACACUGCCGUGGGAGGCGAGAGCGGGCCGCGGUCUGCGGCCUGCCCGCCGUCAGGAGGGCCGGCGGACACUCCUGUCCCGGCCGGUCGGCGGGGUCUUUCCAUAUCGUGGCCAGCGCCGGCCACUCGCUUACGCGUCCCUCGACUGGUUGCCGGUUUUCGUUUGUAGUCGCGCUUAGCUUGCCCCCGCGUUGCGUCGUGGGUGCGUUUCUUGGUUUGCGUAGGACAGUCAAGGCAUCGAAUCAUC